UUCUGGUUGACUCAGGACAAAUGCACUUUGCUUACUGCGUGGAAGACAAUAUUGAUAAAACAACGGGAAGUAAAAGCUACUGUUUGUAAACAUACAUAUUCACGCUUAUUUAUCACACAAAGCAAGUAGUUGCUUAUCCCAAUUAAGUAAUGGAAACAGAUAUGAAUGAAACAGGCGUAGGAAUUGGAAGUUUGUCGCUUCUGACUUUGGCAGAUUUGGCCAUUGCAUUACAAGACCAAGGGGAAGACCAUAACUAUGCACGAAAUUAUGAUGUUCCACAAACUUUAGAUGAACAAUGUUUACGAGUGAAAGAAAAAGAUCACAAUUAUUCUACAUGUAGUAGAACAGAGCUUAGAGGAAGAGCAAAAUACAACCUGAAAAGAUGUUCAUCUGAAGAAAAUUUAACAACCGUCUCUACCUCCGACAAUGAAAAAUUAUCAGCUAAUGACUUCUCCCUUAUUUCUAAAAAGAGCCAUUCAUGUGAACAGGUUGUCGCAGACUCUACAGGGGACAUAUCAAGAGUCUCUUUGGGUGACGGGGAAACUACAAAUAAGCUUUGCAGUUCAUGGCCAAAAGAAAACAUUUUCAAAGAGUUUAUGAAUGAUAAUGUGGUAAAAGACAUUGACACAGGUCAGCUUUUCAGUCAGCAGACCGUUUGUGACCAUACUUAUGCUCGUGACGAAAGUUCCCUUGUUCAUACAAGUACUGAUCACACUUGUACCAAAUCUUUGGCAUUUACCGAGCCGCAGGAUCUGUUUCGUAAUGAUCACAACUAUGACAUAAGAGGAAAGUUCUCCUUUAAUGAUCCUGAAAAGUUAAAUUCCAAAAAGUCAAAGCAUUCAAAGUGUAACUUGAACAUGGAACAAAGUGGGAAAGCAGAUGCCUCAAUAUUUAGUAUGCAUACGAUGAAGAACAAACUAUCAAAUUUUGAUCACAAUUAUAGUUUUCAUACAAUACAAACACAUCAACAUUUAGGGUCCGUGGAGAGCCUCGACAUGGAUUUGUCAGAAUCCGAUACAGAUUCCUGUGAUGAAACAGCAGUAGAAGAAGAAAAAAUGUAUUAUAAACAAAUGUUAAACACACAAAAGGACCAUCCAUACUCUAAGAAUGAGAUAUUGAGCUUUUAAGAUGAUUGUUUGUGAAUGGAGACCUGAAAAAAUGCUGAGAUGGAUAUUGUUAGAUACAGAGUGAAGAAUAAGAAGAUAUUGAUUAUAAGUGUUUCUCAAAGAAGACUUGUUUAUGCCUGUGAUGAGAAUGGAUGCUAUUAUAGUUUACUUGGACAAUGUGUGGUAUAUAUAUGCAGUGUAUGUAGUAUUGUUUGUGCUUAAGUAAUUGUAUAAAUGGAAAUGUUGUAUUUGUUUUAUAUAAUUUAUGUUCUGUUUGGGUUUUUUUUUCUUUGUGAGCUCCUAGUGCAAAGAUUUUCUUUUUAAGUGUAGGCAUUAACUAUGUCAUUUAUAGCCCAACAGCCAGUACAUAGUAACUAGGCAUCAGUUUGUGUUGAAAUGAGUUUUCAUUGAUAUGGUCAUUUUGAUAAAAUAACUGUUUAAUUUUAACAACUUUGAAUUGUCCUACAUUAACUUUGAAUUGUCCUACAUUAUGGAUUUUAACCCUGAGUAGUUUACCUAAUCAUCUAUUUAAGGCAAUCAGCAUGUUCUUACAGUAAAAUAUACUCACUUUUAGAGGUAAUUUUCCUAUGAAAUACACCUCUUAAGCCACCUACAUCAUGUAUAUUUAUACUACUCGUCAAAGUUUCCAUAACUCUAACAAAAUGGACAGCAGCAGUUUUGUUAUUUAAAUUAUCAUUGAAUCUUAUGAUUAUAUACCAUGCAUACAUGUAACUCAACAAUUUAUUGUAUAAUUUUAAUUUCUUUUUUAUGUUGUAAAAAAAUGAAGGAAAGUAAAGAUAUUGUGAUGUUUUUCAUAAGGUACAUAAAUAUUAGUUGGAGAUACUACUUAUGCAAGUCAUGUUUAUAUACUUGAAGAUGUGAUUAAUUUUACUUGUACUUCUGAUUAGCUCAGUAUUUUUUGAGACAUAACUCUAGAAGUACAUGUACAUGUACACUAGAAAUAUUACUAGUAUAGGCCAUUAAUUUUUAAACUAAUAGAAUUAUUGUCAGUUGAAAACACAAAACAGCUUUGUAAUUUGGAAAGUAUAUAGUUAAUACAUUUCUCUUUUAAAUUAAGAAACAGUUUAUUGUAAUAAAAGAUAUUUUGUAUUGAUGAAACUUCUGACGUCACCUAUUGUUUAUAUUGUUUGUAAUAUGCCAUAUGUAUACACUGUACAAGAAUUUGAUUUUAGAAUUUACUGCUCAAAGAUAAUAAGUAACUGGUAAAGAGCCUCGCAGCAUAUCUGCCUAUUUCAUAAUCAUAUUCUUUUGUUUUCUAAACAAUUACAUUGUGAAUAACUUACAUUAACAUGUAUAUUGUCAGUAUAAGGGAAGAUGUAAUUCAGUCAUAUAUCAUGUAAUACACAUUUUGUACUUUACAUUGCAAACUUUUACCUUUAAUUUAGUAGGCAUUUUUUUUUUUGGUGUUAAUAUGUUUACAAUGGUCUUAGUUUGAACAGAUCUGAUUGUGUUUAUAUGAACAUGCAAGUGUGAGUAGUGAAAUGAUAGAACUUUGUAUGAAAAAAGAUUGGAUUUGAAUAUAAUUCAGAUUAGCUCAAUUACAGAGAGAGAGAAAGAGAGAGGUUUGAUGUGUUCAUUGCUUAUUGGUUGUUUAAAUAGUAGAUCUAUAAUUAUAAUUUGUAAAACUAACUUAAAGCAAUACAUGGAAACAACAUUAACAAGUCAAUGAUUGUUUGUAGAUUUGCAUACUCGUAGCCAGGGGGGUUCCCCGCCUUGAAAACAAAUACGCACUAUUAAAGUCAACAUUCUGUUCUAAAUGUGACUGUUAAAGUCAAGUUUGUGCCCUCCCCCCCUUGGAAAAUCCUUGUAUCGGCCUGAUUUGUGUAUUUUUCUUCAACUCAGUUUGAUUUAUUAUAUUUGUACUGAUUUCCCAGUCUACUUUUACAUUUUUGGGGGAUAAGAUGAACUUUAAAUAUACUUUGAAUGGAAUUUAAGCAUUCAAGUUCUUACAAAAACUUCAAACACAAUCAUAAUGAGACCUAUUUUUAGAAUGAUAAUUUUUGAUUAGACAUGUUAAAGGGUUAAAUUCCACACUCUACAAGUCUGUAACUAAGAAAAAAAACCAUUUUUAGUUCCAAUUUUUUUGGUAAAGUCUAUUUUAAUUACAUAUAUAUAACAAAUAGAAUGUCUUUCAGUAUUUUCCCUUCGAAUUGUAUUGAUCAAAUGGGGAUAAAUACCACUUUAACUUGGAAAUAAAUAAUAUUGUGCUAUAACAUGAAUGAAAAUAAUACAAUUUGAAAUUUUCAUUGACUUAAACAUGUUAUAACUUGAUGGUACAAAUUAAAGUAUUACAUAAGUAUGUGCAACAUGAAGCAUUUGUAACUUUGUGAGAUAAAGAAAAAAGGUUUUAAAUUAAGAAAACUGUAAAUAGAUCUGAAAAAUAUUUUCAUUAAGAGUAUCAGUUAACAGAAAAAAAAUUGGAACAAUAUUAAUAUGUUUAUACAGAAUCUAAAAUGUAACAAGGAAGAUGCACAUAUUGUAUAAACAUGAUACAGAAGUCACGUGUUAAAUUUAGUACUUGAUUAUUGUGAUAACUAUUUGAUAUAGUUGGAGUCUAUGCUGAAAAUAAAAUUUUCAAAUAUUA